GCCGUUGGAAACGUCAGACAACGCUUAUAACGUCAGUCAAAACAAAAUGGGAGCGUCUCUGGACACCCCGGCGAGGUGUCCUCUCUGCAACGAGCUGACACGGGACCCCGUCACUCUGAAAUGUAACCACCGGUUCUGCCAGCGGUGUCUCGGGGACUUGUGGAGUGUUUCCCCGAACGGCCCGUACCACUGUCCGGAGUGGAGGUGUAAAACCGUGUACCAGACUCUGCCGUUCAAUCGCCCCCCGACGUCCACCAGCGCUCUGUGGGCUCAGCCUCGCGGCGAUGCAGGUAAAUCGGGUAAUGGGGAACAAAACACGUCUGAUUCCUCGUUGCGAAGGCCCUCACACACCAGCAGACUUCUUCUCGGGAAGAGAAAAGCCAGCACACCAGUAUCCGAGCAACCGGAGACAAAACGACCGACUGCGGAGUCCCCCACUGAGCGGUCCUAUGAUACCGUGACUCCUACCACUUCCUUUUCGGAUAAAACCUGGCAGGCUGCAGCUGUGGGGACAUCCAAGAAAGCAGGGCUCCAAGAAUUCACACAGUCUGAGCGUGGUGAUGACAAGAAGUCCUCCAGUGACAAUUCUGACAGCAAGGCAGUGCCUGCAAGGGAUGUUCCACCCGACAUCUCUACCCAGCAGAAGCAGCAUAAAUCAGUCGAAAUGAGAUCAUUGGAUGACUCUGACACCUCCAAUGAGGUCGAUAUUUGCGAUGCUCUUGCUGCUCCAAAGAAGGACACAGAAGUGACAGGAAUUUGCGGAUCCCCAAUGAAACCUGCCACAUCUGCCGAGUCUCAUUCCUUUCCUGGGGUUUCAACUCCAGGUAAAGGGAAGUCCCCUGUCGCCAAACCUGCUGUCACUCCAGAAUCCCCAAGGCGUAGCUUCUCCCUGGGGUUGGACAACACAAAUGCCAGCCCUGUGCCCUGCCAUUAUUGCCCUAAAACUAGGUUUCAGUCCGCUGUCAAGACCUGUCUGGUGUGCGGCGCCUCCAUGUGUACGGAGCACCUGCGUCCCCACCUGGACUCCCCUGUCUUCCAGAAUCAUACCUUGGUUCCUCCCAUGGAGGAUUUCUCUCCCUGGAGAUGCCAGGAGCACCAGGAAAUCAACAGAAUCUACUGUCGGCAGUGCAGCGUGUGUGUGUGCACGGUGUGCACCGUCAUCGGCUCGCACCGCGACCACGUCUGCAUCAGCAUCAGGGAGGCGGAGCGAGAGCUCAGGGAGAACCUAAUAGAUGAAAUCAAGCAACUGCAGGAGGCUGAACAGAAAGCGAAGAACCGGUUGAAUGAACUCUCAGAGAAGAAAGAGACCGUCAAAGCGGUUUUAAGCGAGGCUCGAGCUGGAGUGCAGCUGCAGUACCAAGCCAUCAGAGAGGCCUUGGAGCAGGAGGAGCAAUCGGCCCUUCAGUGUGUGACGAAGGAGGAGCACAAAGUUCUGGGAGGACUUGAGGAGAAGCUUUGCAACCUCCGUAGCUCCCUGCAAUCCGUCCAGAAGGGGCUCCACACCCUGGAGGGGCUGGCUGAUGCCAAAGGAGACAAACGCAUUAAGGACCAGGUCUUCAUUAUGGAAUACAACAAGGUCGCCCUACAAACGGGUAACAUGGAGGGCUUUGUGGACAACUUCAAUGCUCCAGAGGAAGUGGACCGAGCUCGGCUCAAAUGCCUGCAGAGUUGGACCGAGAAACGUCUGGACACAGUCAUCAUCACUAUGCCCGGCAAACACAGGGACCUCUACAGACUGCUCUAUGGUAUCAGUCCCAUCUUGGAUGCAGAUACUGCCCAUCCCAAGCUGCAGCUGUCUGAUAACAACAGGGAGGUGACCUACAGCGAAGUUCCGCAGGCCUACACGGAUCACGAGGCUCGAUUCAGCUCCUUUCCACAGGUCCUGGCCCCCUGUUCCCUGGAGCAGGGUCCCUGGUACUGGGAGGUGAAUGUGUCUAUGGACGAGGGCCGUUGGAAGGUGGGGCUGUGUGAGGGUCAGAUCGAGAGGAAGGGCCAGAAGGACAACUCUCGUCUGGGCUUCAAUUCGUAUUCCUGGUGCCUGGCCUGCGACAGAAAGAAGGUGGAAGCGCUGCACAACAAAGUGGCGGUUCCUGUGGAUGGAGACGGGCUGACGAAGGUGGGAGUGUUCCUUGACUUUGAGGAGGGUGUUUUGUCAUUCUUUAAUGUGACACCAGGGGGCAGUCUGGCUUUAAUGCAUUCCUACAAGCACAGAUUUACCAACCCUCUGUACCCGGCCCUGUCUGUGUCUAAAACACACCUGGCCAUCUGUGAUCUGUUUGAGUCCUAAACCGUGCAAUACUUGCAUGUCAGGUGUGAUGGGAAUGUGUAGACUACAUGACCCUGCCGUGCCUUUUUUUAAAAAAGAAUUUGUGAAUUCGGUUUAAUCAUUAAACAAAUUGGGCUAAUCAUUAGAUUUCUUGUUGAUGAUAGUCAUGCACUGCAUACAAUGUUAACAUGUUAUAUACACUAUCAUCACGUUCUAGUACUGAACCAUACAGUAACCUUUUCAUUAUACAAUAUACUUGCAGCAUUCCAGAAAGUGGCAGCAUAUCUUUUUCCACCCUAUUUUAAAUAUCAAAUCAUUGAUGUUUUUAAAUGCAAGCUAUUUGGGCCGAACAAUAAAAAAAAGUUGUUUUGGAAUGUU